UGUCUAAGUUACCUCCCUUGCAAGGGCGAUUUCCAUUGCACAAUGUCCAAAAUGUUGCACUGAUGUGAGCAACGUCCAGGCAAACUACACGGACAAUACACUUAUCAGUUUGUGUACAGAUGUGAGAAGUUGUGCUGAGGUUUUCUGAUUGUCUUCUUAUUCGGUGAACAUAUAUUCCUACAGGUGCCAACUUUCUCCUGAUGGCUGAGACCAAGAAUCCUGAAACUAGGUACUUCAUUGCUAAAUGUGCCAACAUCGCAUCUCUGAAGAAGUGCUGUGUUUCUGGCAUCUGGGCCUGUAGAGACAGAACCACCUCUCAAGAACAGCCAAGAACCGUUCUAUCUCAAGGCCUCCAAGAGGGUCACGUGGUGUUGAUAUUCAGUGUGAACAACUGCCAUGGUUGGCAUGGUUACUGUGAAAUGAUUGACAGACCUGGGGACUAUGACCCAGAUCACAAAGAUGAGAAAGGCCAAGUGGAUGGAGAAUCAGGGGAGACAAUUCAGUGGCAUUAUUUUCGAGUUGUAUGGAAAUGUUUAUUUGUGAGUGAAUUCAGUGACCAGUGUGUUCCGUUUAGGGAAACUGAGUUCAUGCUUCCAGAUGGUACCUCUGUAAAUAAGUCAAGAAACUGGCAAGAGGUAUCACCAAGUAUUGGUGAGAAAAUGUGCCAUCUUAUUGAAAAAUUAUACAGUGAAUUGACUUCGAAACGUAAACAAAAAGAGGAUGAAAAGCAUGCUCAACUUCCACCUCCCUUCCUGGCAUUAGAUGACAGUGGGAGUGUGAAGGACUAUUGGGCGAGUGUUGUUGAGAAGGUUGAGAGGGAGCUGGGCAGAGUUCAUUUAGCAUGUCCAUUUGGAAGUCAGAGAUACAACCUGGAUGGGCCCGAGAGUGACAUUGAUGUAUUUAUUGUGUAUCAGGCUGACACUGCCAGCAUCCUGGGCUUCAGGCCUCCAAAACAGACAAUCAAGAACAGUGAUAGAGAGCGAUGUGACUACACGAUUCUUGAGCUGCACCGGUACUGUGAGCUGCUGUGUGGAGGCGACCCACGGUGUGUGGAGACCCUGUACCUCCACCAGUCUACCAUCAUCCACAGCUCCACACAGUGGCGGCAACUCACUCAACUGGCUCCACUCAUGCUGACAAGACAAUGUCUGGACAAGUAUUUGCGAGAUGCUCAGGGGUCAAAUGGGGUUAAACAGUACAGGAAGUGGUGCGAUGAAAACCCAGGUUGCAGCGACCUUCCAGCUAAAAUCAACAAGCUCUGUUACAUCAUCAUCAGACUGCUUCAGAAUGCAAGAGAUGUGGUCAAGAAGGGGCCAGUCCAUGUCUUCCGUGAAGAGGGGAGUGAGGAAAGGAGUGUCAUCUUGUCUGUCCGCCGGGGGGAACUUACAGCCAGCCAGGUGUGGCAGAAUAUACUCAGCCUACAGAAAGAAAUAGAAUACGAUCAGAAUGAUCUCACCACAGACAGUCCAGCAUCUUCACUUGAGAAAUGGCUUCUUCAGCAGAGAUACUGUAAUUUUACUGAGAAAUUCCCUUUGCCCAAAAAUAACGAAUAAGGGGUGAUAAUGAGGU